ACUCCCGCGAUAGUCUUGAUUGAAUGGUGUUCGGAGCAGCGAGAAAGAGAGAACCUGACGGUCACGAUACGGUUUCUUUAUGGGAUUCGUAUUUUUAGGCCAAUCGAUCCCGAUACUGUAGCUAUAUAGGAAGGAGUAUAAUAAGUAUCGGAUUUUCGGUAUACGCGAUACACACUCCCACGCUUUUUUAUCGGGAGCGUAAAUUACGUUAUAUUUAUAUCUGGACUUUUAUUUUUAUAAGCGCGCGGAUUUACGCGUUUUAUAUAUUUAGGUUUUUUAUGGGCUUUUUAUGCACGUCGAACGCGCGAGCGACCGAUGCUGAACGUUGCAAGAGAGAGAAAGAGAGAGAGAGAGAGAGAGCGUAGUUAUUUUCUCGUUCUUUAUCUCCGGUAAGCCAUUACACGUCUAAUUGAUAGGCACUAUAUUGUUUGGAAAAAAACACGGCGAAGCUUAUUCAUGGCUCUUCCCCGCGCGCGUGUAUUUGCCAUCUCGACACAACGCGCGUUUUGUUUUGAUAAACGCUCGAAAAGAUAUCUCAUCGAUGCGAUAUUAAUACGCACUUAUAUAUCUAAUCGAAAUUCCCAGCGCGUAUCGCACGCAUUGUUGUUAUACUCAGUGCAAGUAGAUCGUGUCAAGUAGAGUAAGACGCCGGACUUGUCAUGCUCGGCUCGAUGCGUGUAUGUCUGCCGUAUAAUUAUUAGGUAUAUAGGUAUACUGCUGAUCGAGUUUUUCUUCCUCGCUCUUCGCAUACGAAUCGAAGCGCGGCGACACUCGUAAACGCAUUUGGAGGUUCGAUUGGCGAUUCUAUCGGCAUUUUUCGAACGUGAGUCACAUGUCAACGAUAAGCUUGAAAAAGUCCAGUGCGCGAUUUCGCUCCGAAAACAGAACGCGAGGAUCCAGUUACUCGCGGAAUGCGAAAAAAAAGGUUUCAAUUUGAGGAGAAACACUUAUUACACAGAGGAGUUAUCAGUAGGCGACGCUGAGUAAUAGCACAUAAUCGCAACGUGUCCCUCUCGUUAUUACUGGUAUAUAUAUAUAUAUAUAUAUAGUCUGCAGUGUAUAAUUGAUUGGCAGAAGAGUCGAUGCGAUGAUACUGUAUGCGUAAUGAAAUAACGAAAGCCAUCGAGAGCCCACAGAUGCAUAUAUGUACAGUGCGUGCGGCCGAUAAGGCUGCUGAUUAAAGAGCGUAUACAUGACGGUAAUUCGUCGUCACUUUUCUCGCGUUGAUAAUCGAUAGCUUAUGUGUGGGUGAAUUCGCGCGACGUCGAGAUUCGAUACAUAUCGCGCGAGGCUCGGACAAAUGGCGGCCGCCUACUUGACACAUCCGACAGCCAGUGCGAGCUGUCAACUUUCUCUCUUCUCUCUUUCUCUCUCUUUUUUUUAAUUGUCCUCAUUGUCGACGACUUGACACUGCAGUCGAACAGCUCUUUUUUCUCUGAUCGUAAUAUAGGUGUGUAGAGCGAAGGGAUUUCCUCGUCGAGAAUCAUGGCCGAACCCGGGCCGAUGGAGGGCUUCAUAUGCCCGAUUUGCAUGACGGAUUUCAAAACUCCGACUUUGUUAACCAAACACUUUGAAGAGGAGCACAAGGAUGAUCCCGAGAUUUUGAAGUCCCUCAAAGACUUAUUCGGUUUAGCCAAAAAGAAAAUUUUAAAACAAGAUGAAAUGCAAGACUACCCUGAUAAAUUUUCGGCCAAAGGUCAGAAGACUACACAGGAAAUUGAUUGGGGCCCACAGGAAAUAGGUCAGACAAGGUCUCAUACGAAAUUCUUCAAGGAGAUCAGAAACACAAGAUUAGAAAGGUAUUCCUCAGAGACUAAUAAACUCCUCAUAAGACUGGAUAAACUUCUAACAAACUUACCAAAUGAUCCCAUUGAACGGAAAGCUCACGAACGAGCUAUAGUGCCAUGGAUGGAUGACAAAGAUGUCAGGCUGUGUCUCACUUGUGCAAAGACUUUCAAUUUAACCAGGAGAAAACAUCAUUGCAGGAUAUGUGGUGUAAUGAUGUGCCAUGAUUGCAGUAUGUUUUUGUCCUUGGUUGAAGCUCGUAAAAUGACGAGUCCAGCAUCGGUUCAGGACGACUCAGCGCUCUCUCCGACUUCUGAGUCCACCCGUUUCACGGACCGUUUAGUGCAAGCCGGAGUCGGUCUCACUAAGUUAGCUCGAUCCCCCUCAAGUGGUAGUCUGAACAGUGUCCUGUCUCUCAUCAGCGACGGCGGUAACAACAGUGAUCAGUUCUUCAGGAUAUGCGAUCACUGCAAGAACCUCCUGGACGCCAGAGAGAGGCUGAAGGCCCGACACUUCGAAAAGCCGAUAGUCCAUCAGUUCUACGAGAAGAUGCGCGCUCAGAUACAGGAGGGCAAUCGUUUUAUCGACAUGUACUACAAGAUGUGGCAGUCGCUGAACGAGGGAGACUCUACGUACGAUUUGCGAGAUGCUCAAGUGGUCAGAGGCAAGAUUGCCAAGAUCGGCGAUAACAUAGAUUUAAUUAGCAAAAGAAUAUCUACACUCAUUACUAUAGAUGAGAAUAGUUCGGCUGCGUUGAAGCAAGAAUUUCGUUUGCACCAAAUGGUGAGGUCGGCAGCGAUGAUUUAUUUGAAAAACGAGUUACUGAGGACGCCGCCUGUGCCUACCACAGAGGAGUACGAGGCUAUAAAGAAGGCGAGACAGGAGAGAAUAAAGGCGAGAAUAGCGUAUGAGAGGCAACUGGAAGAGGAGCAAUUGGAAAAGUUGGGAGAGUCGCAGAGAGAAUUCACCCAACGAGCUUACGAUCUGAGUGAGAGUAAAAGUCCAACGAGGGCAUCUUCAAAUCAGCUUGUUCUGGACCAGUCCCAAGGUUGGGGUACAUCCGGUCGACCAGGAAGGAACAUGAUGAUAUCGUCGACGUCGAUGGAUCCGUUCAUCGAACAAAUGAGCAACUUACGAUUUUAUAUCAAGCAAGCGAGGGAAGAGUGCAAAUUUGAGGAAGUCGCUACUUUGGAAAGAAAUCUGAAAGAACUUCAAAGUGCCUACUUCGAGAUGCAACAGAAGGAAGCCGCGGCUAAUCAUGACUAAGAAUUUAAAUAAGCUUUACACUGCGAUAUCAUGACUGUUAGACUUAUACCAUAAACGAGUAACGCUUUAAGCUAUGAACAAAAUUAAUGCAAUAAGGAGAUUUUCUCACGCGCAUUCUAUUGCAAAAAGAGUAGUUUAAGUAUAUU